CCCCUGGACCCGAGUCCCCGGCGCCGCCGCCGGCCCGGAACUACCCGGAAGCUCGGUCCUGCCUCGGCGCUCGCCAAGGCAAGCCCAGGUCCGCCUGGGACCUCGGCCCGCUCUCUCCCCUCCCCCCCGGACCCGAGAGGCUGCUGCACCGGCUGCUGCUCCAGAUGCUGCUGCUGCCGCCGCGGACACCCCACCCUCGGUCCGCCUCUCCGGAGGUCAUGGACCCACCGCCCCCCAAAACUCCCCCUUUCCCCAAGGCGGAAGGUCCCUCCUCCACUUCGUCCUCGGCGGCGGGGCCUCGGCCACCACGGCUAGGCCGCCACCUGCUCAUCGACGCCAACGGGGUACCCUACACGUACACGGUGCAGCUGGAGGAGGAGCCUCGGGGCCCGCCGCAGCGCGAGGCGACCCCGGGAGAACCCGUUCCCCGCAAGGGCUACAGCUGCCCGGAGUGCGCCCGUGUCUUUGCCAGCCCCCUGAGGCUGCAGAGCCACCGCGUGUCGCACUCGGACCUCAAGCCCUUUACGUGCGGCGCCUGUGGCAAGGCCUUCAAGCGCUCCAGCCACCUGUCGCGGCACCGAGCCACGCACCGCGCGCGCGCCGGCCCGCCGCACACCUGCCCGCUGUGUCCGCGCCGCUUCCAGGACGCCUCGGAGCUGGCGCAGCACGUGCGCCUGCACUGAGCCCCCGCCCCGCCCUGCCGGGGUGGCACCAUGUCUCACCCCACACAGCGUCACCCCACACAUUGUUCUCGGUUCCUCCGAGGUUACUGCCUUACCCUUGGGCCUCGGUUUUCCCCAUCUACCCCCAAAGACAAGCAUCUUUCUUUUUUUUUUUCUUUCUUCUCCCCGCACCCCCGCUGUCCCCUCCUGUCUAGCUGUGUGAUGUAGACCAAAGUUAUCUGUCCCCCUUCGGGCCUGGGAGCCGGCUGGACGUGGGCUCCAGUCCAACUGUGCUAUGUGGGAGCCGUUGCCGGCGAUGCGGCCUCUCUGAGCAAAUGUGUGUGUGGAAGGCGUGGCAAAGGGAGCAUGGCCUGGUUCAUUUCUUUACUUCCCUCUUAUGCCUCUGAUUCCCCUAUUCGUUCCUCAAUAAACAUUCCACACUCCA